AUGAAGCAAAAAGAUGAAAAAACCUCAUUGAACUGCAAAAGAUGGGGCAACUUUGUAGGGAGGUGCACUGAUGCCGAAGUAAAGAAACUAUGGCUCAUCGAUGCUGCACCCUUUGUCGUACUUAAAAUGCACUGCAAACUUGUUAUUGCAUGUUUGUGUCGGUGCUGGUCGCCUGGUCCUGUUGGAGUGCUGGUGCGAAGAAGCUUCCCAGCUGCUGCUCUCCUCACUACCUCAGCCGUGGCCCAUGCACUGCGACACCGAUCACCGGUGGUCUGCUGGAAGCCUGGAACUGGUGGUGCAGCGGCUGCAGCCACAGCCCACAGGGUUUAUGUUCUGAAUAUGAAUAUGGUAGAACCUAAAAGCUGUUGGGAUGGGAUUGUUAAUGGGGCCGCGGCCGAUGAAGAGUUUGAGAGCAUACUCAGUCUUUUGGAUUUUCCCAUGGAGAGUUUGGAAGGAGAUGGAUUGGUUGGAGAAUGGGAUGUGAGUAAGGCACAAUUCCUGGGGCCUAUUCCAACCGACACAUUGAUGGAGUUGCCACCAAAUCCACGUGGCAAAAGUGGCACAGUGUUACCACAUCCCCUGCCUAAAUCGGUUGCUCCAAUUGAUGAAACUCGUGAGCAAAAGAAGCUUCCAGAAGAAACCUCCAGCUCAAUUAUUCUCCGCCAGCAUAAAUUUACUGAGGCCCAAGAGUGCGGUGUUUUCCAGACGCAAAGCCCUGUUUCUGUGCUUGAAAGUAGCAGAUGCUGCUCUGUUGGGAAGUGUGUGCCGAUCAAAUCUAAGCGAGUUAGAUUUCUUCCAUGGUCGUCAGCUGGCAUUGUCAUUCCAGUUCAAGCCAGAUCUAAGCGAGUUAGAUCCUCAACUGUAAACCCAUGGCUUUCGAUUUCUUCCACCUCUAAGAAGACUUCAAAUUUCAGGAAGAACAAAGACAAGAGGAAGAAAUUGUCCCAAAUUCCAGUUGCCAAUGAAACCAUGGACAAGGAAUUUCAGAAGGCUAAAGCUUCAUCAAUGGUGUCGGAUUCUGUAGAGCUGCAAAAUACUUUAUUACAGCGGGUUGCAGCAUCAAAGAAAUGCACACAUUGUGAAGUGACAAAGACACCGCAAUGGAGGGAGGGACCAACAGGGCCAAAGACUCUUUGCAAUGCAUGUGGGGUUCGAUACAGGUCAGGACGCCUAUAUCCAGAAUAUCGUCCUGCAGCAAGUCCUACAUUUGUUCCAUCGGUGCACUCCAACUCCCACAAGAAGGUGAUAGAGAUGAGAAACAAAGGUAAAGAACACGUGGCUAAGGUCGAGGAACCCCUAAUUUCCCCACAUCCCGGUUUUGUUCCCAUGGGAAGCUAUUUGUUCGAUUUUAUAUGCUGA